CUGGAAGCGUGCCGGAAGCGUACCCAUGACGUGGUGGGUCAGUAUCGCAACGGUGCGUGCCCUAGGUGCAAGUUUUCCCAGUGAGUUCGUGCUCGUGGCCCGAUCCACCGCGCCCAGGUGAGGGUAGUUGAGCAUGUUUUUGGAAUUUCUAUCACGCCGGUACUGGAAACAGUUCGCCGCGAUCGCAGCCGGAUUUACAUCGGCGCCGCAUACUCCGAGGACACAGUGAUGAAUAAAUGGAUGCCAACAGCGAACAAGACAUGACCUCAUUGCUCCUUGCGUACUGGUUGUGAUGCAGAUGGAAACAGUUCACUGGCCUAGGUUUACAUCUGAAUUUUCAAGUCAACAGCAUCUACAUUACGAACCCGUCCAGUUAAGAGCUGCCCUAAAGGCAAGACGUCAGCAGGCCAGCGAUCACAUUGCAACAUCCAUUUAAAUCAGACAAAUUCAAAUAGAUGGAACGUCCGUCAGUCAAUAAACGUUUGACAGCGAUCGGGUCGCGAAUUGGACAUGAGGAGCUUCCUGGGCGCAUGCGCAACUCGAUCGUCCCCCGUAUGGAUGUUUAAUAUUAGAUUCGGUUAGAUAAUUGUCAAAGUUUCUGCCCGUACCGACCGUCUGCGGGUUGUUUUGAUUGUGAUCGCGAAGUGUAAACAAUGCAAAUUUGUACCCCGCCAUGGUGGAAGAGCAACCGAUCGAACUGCGUCCGAUAAGUAUUUGGGCCCGAGAAAACCUGAACCAGGUGCUGGCAGUGCUUAGAAUUCACAUCAUCACAGCCAGCUAUGGAGUUACGGUUGGAUGGCCUGCACCGAUCAUUCCGUUGUUGCGAUCUCCGGACACACCGCUCCCGAGUGGACCAAUCACAGUAGAGGAAGCGUCCUGGAUUGGAGCGACCCUGUGCAUUGGUGGUACGAUCGGCACGAUACUAUUCGCGAUCAUUCACACGUACUUCGGCAAGAAGGUGGCUCUGCUGCUCAUAUCCGUACCACACCUGAUGUUGUGGACUUUGAUCCUGAUCGGUGACAGUGUGUGGUACAUCUAUUGGGCACGGUUUUGCAGUGGACUAACUGGCGGUGGUGUAGUCAGCGUCGUACCACUGUACAUAGCUGAUAUUGCAGAUAAAAAGAUCCGCGGAACGUUGGGAUCGCUGACGAUCAUCUUCAUCAACAUUGGGCUGACGUUUAUCUACGCAGCAGGCAACUAUCUUCCGUACUAUGUCAUACCGAAGAUUAUGCUUGUAGCUCCCGCCGCAUACCUCAUACUGGUGAGCUUCCUGCCCGAGACGCCAUACUGUCUGCUUCGUAAGGGACGUUUGCUGGAGGCGGAACAGUCGCUCAUGUUCUAUCGUAACAUUCCCGAUGAACGACACAAGACGGCCGAGUUUACAGCGGAGUUUGAUGAGAUGAGAAACUUCAUCCUGACGGAAAGCACUCAGUCACGUAUCUGCUGGGCUGACUUCACUACACCGGAAGCGAAACGAGGCCUCUUCAUAGGCGUGUUCGUGAUGGCCCUCAACCAGUUCAGUGGCAUCUUCGCCAUUCUCACGUACGCUGGCACAAUCUUCCAGAUGUCCGGGACGGGGAUCGACCCGAACGUGGCGCUUGUUCUCGUGGCUAUCAUCAACAUUUGCGGCAAUCUCACGUCCUUCACCAUCAUCGAUCGUGUGGGAAGGAAGAUAUUGCUGCUCCUAUCGGCGACGGGCGUCGGGUUGGCGUUGGCUGUACUCGGUACUCACUCAUAUCUGCUCACAAUCGGGUACGAUCUGCGUGGCGUCGAGUGGUUACCAGUGUUGGCGCUGGCGAUGACACUCUUCCUAGCCGCUAUCGGUAUUACCAAUAUUCCUUUCUUUAUCGUGCCGGAGGUGAUGCCAGCGAAACUUCGCAGUAUCGGAAGCACCAUUAGCGCCACACUGCUCUGCAUGUUUGCGUUCGUCUGCGUGAAGCUUUACCCAAUCCUGAUGGAAAGUAUCCACAUCCAUGGUACGGUUUGGAUAUCGUCGGGCGUUUGUGCGGUCGGUGUGCUGGUCAUCAUCUUCCUGAUACCGGAAACGAAAGGAAAAAACUUAAACAUACAAAGCGAAACCAAACGGUGAUUCUGCCUUUACGACAUUCGAUCAAUAAGUACAAAUAAAGUUUGCUAUUAUUUUUCUGUUCCGAUCCACCA